AUGCAAGUGGAGAAAAGUACUAAACUGGCACCGCAGAAGAAAUACAUUUGCGGAUUUUGCGCUAAAGCGUUUACCCGUUCAGAGCAUAAACAACGUCAUGAACGAUCUCAUACUAAUGAAAAACCAUUCCAUUGUUUACAAUGUACCAGUUCAUUUGUGAGGAGAGAUUUAUUACAACGUCAUUGUCGUACAGUUCACCAAACUCAAGACACCAUUAAGCGCAAAUCUCAAGAUUCAACUACUGGUUCAAUACCACUACAUCAAACACCAUCGCAACAGGCACCACUACAACUUUCACAUAGUCGUGAUCUGCUGAAUGAGUCUGAAUCUGUGCUGCUUUUGUCACAACAACCGCAACUACAAACAGACCCAUGUCCAGCAUCAAACUCUUCAUCUUCGUCGUCCUCAUUGCAUCAUAAUUCAAUUCCAUUUUCAUUCGAUCCACAGGAACAUCUACUCUUGACAACAAUGGCCCCAUCAACUAGUAUCAACAGUGAUCACAGCCCGUCAAAGAAACGCAAGAAAUCAGAGUCGGGUGGUGGUGUACUUAGCAUGAGAAGAAAUUCAACUAUGCCAAUGUCCACGGGGUCAAAUGACACCAAUUUAAUCAAUUUAUUAUCCAUUACAAAAAAAUUGGACUACAUCUUGAAAGCUUCAAACUUGGGUGUAAAUGAGUCUGUUUGUGACUCUUUUCUUAUUGGAUUCAACACUUUGCAAGAACUUCUGACGAAAUUUCCUAUUUUUGAUACGAUUUUGAAAGAGUUGAUGUAUUACUUGAGUACGUUUUACGUACCCAAUGGUAAUGGUAGUUCAGGCGUGGCAAUUGUACCACCACCAAUGACCCCGAGUUUAUCCCUGCCAAAUCACUUCAAAACUGGUAUUAUUUACUCAAUUAUUUCCCUUGGUUGUAUAGUGAACAAAAAUUCCAUCAAGUCGUUGGUUUUCUUCAAAAAGGCAUGGAUCUUGUUGAUAAAGAGGUUGAUUCCACAAUACAACAAUAGCAACGUCUCAUUGGAUCAAAUUGAAAUUGCUAGCAACUUGUUUUUGUUGUCGUAUAUUUACGUUUCCUAUGAUUUGGAAAACUAUGAUAUAAACAAUGAACAAGUGAAUCAACCAAGUGGCGAAAAUGACAAUGAUGAACAGAUAUAUCUCAAUAACACUGUCAUUUUGGAAUACCUAGAUCAAAUUAGUUUUAUCAUUAUAUCAAAUUUGGCAGAUUUCUCCAACCCCAAUGAUAAACUUAUUGAUGGCAAUAUGAAUUUGUUUUGGUCAAUUUAUAUCAUAUUAUCGUUCUACUUCCAAGAUCGGAACCCAAAAAUAUAUUCAAGCUUGUUAAACAAAUCAGUGGGCCAAGAGAAUUUACUAACGGUGAUGCAAAAAUUUUCCAAAUCGUAUUCUGUUAUCAAUGAACACGACGAUUUUUUAAAGAUGAUUGUUGUGGCAACUAUUGGUAAUGAGUUGAAGAGUUAUCGUGCAUCAGUAUCCUCGGCAUCUGCUUCUGAAUCACCACCAUCGGAAUCUUCAUCAAGUGGGACUAAUUUAGUCAAAUUAUAUGAAUCAAGAAAUGUGCUCCACAAUUCUGUCAUUUUGAUUAAUCGAUCAAUCAAUAUAUUCCAGCCAUUGCCGAAAUCCAAUGCAAAACUGAAAUUGUUUGAGUUGUUUCGCAAAAACUUGAUCAUCAAUAGUCCUUUAAAGUACCGUGAAUUAUUAAGCAACUAUAUUUUUAUCCCACAAUCAUAUGUUCAUUGGCAACUACUUCACUUGACGUUGGAUGAGGCAACUGUGAAUUACGAUCUCAAUGAGAUAUUGCAUAAAUCUAUUGACGACCCUAGUCAAUUGAACACACUCGAAUACAAGCUCAAAUUGUUUCUUGAUUAUAAAAAGAUCAAUUUAGAUAUCAACAACAAUAUAUCCAUUGUUUCUCUUCCCAUGGUAUUCUUUGCCAGUUAUCUCAAUUUGGAUAUCAUUGGUUGUGGAUCCACAUUCAAUCAGUUACAAUUAAGGAAUAUCAAAUUAUUUCUUGUUCAUUGGUAUAUGGUGAUGAAUAAGUUGUUGAUUAUGAUUUGGUGUGAUGAUAUACUACAAUUUGAAGAGAAUUACAUUUUGCAGACAUUCGUAUACAUGUUGUUGGAUAAUAAGCUGUUGUUGUUGAAAAAAUUGAAUAUUGAAGCACCUCAUAAUAACACUGGGUAUGCCAACGAAGCGGAGACGAGUGAAGCUGACUCGACAUCCAACUUUCAGUUCAACAAGAAAUGGUUUUGGAUAGUCAAGAUAAAAUUGGAUAAUGUAUUUGAACAAUGGAUGCAUCAUAUUAAAAUUCCAUUUUUGGAUAACAGUUUUGCUGCUGUGAAGGUUCAAGUUACCAAAUUUAUCAAUGAGCAUAUUGCGUUGGAGGGAUUGGUGUUUAAAGAAGACGGAGAAGAUGUUGUAGCAAAUGGAGGUGCUAUACAGCAGCAACCACAACAACAACUUGUGUUCAAUAACAGUGGAUCAAACUUGGCAUCUUCAAGUACAGGACAUCAUGGAUCAAUUUCAACUAAUAUGUUAGCUUCUACGUCGAUGAAUUUUGCAGUACCCAUGCAACAACAAGCGUCCACAAACUUCAUCAAUUAUGGAUCAAUGAAUGACUUCGUUGGCGGUGGUGGGGGAAGUGCGGGGAAUGUGAAUAAACGGUCAAAUUCGAUAUCGCUGGUGAUUCUGCUGAAUUUUGGUAAAGAUAUGCCUCAGAUGCAACCAGUACAACAGCAACACCAGAAGCAACACGUGCAACAUCAACAUCUGCAUCUGCAACCACAACAAUUGCCCAUUGGGGGUCAACAGCCUCCCCAACUUCAAUCGCAACUGAUACAGCCGAACCAGCAACAACAACAAACGCAAUCGCAUUCGCAUUCGCAUUCGCAUUCGCAUUCGCAAUCGCAACCACAACAGGGCCAACAAUUCUAUAGUUAUUCGACUUAUCCACCACCACCACCAAUCCUAUCAUCAAUGCCAAAAGAGCUAGUGUUGCCUCCCAUAUCAUCUGAACGAAGAAAAGAGAAGUUCGAAGUAACUUAUUGA